CGUGGUUGCUAGGGGAGUUCUCGCGAUACUGCCAGUCCCACACUCUCUCCCUCGGUUGGGUCGGGUCCCAAGAUGGCGGAGGAGGCGCUGGAGCUCCUAGCCCGCGUGUCCCGGCUGGAGGAGCCGCUGGAGGAGCUGCGGGCCCUGGGGGUGGCCGUGCAGGCCCUGCCGCUGAGCGCUCUGAGGGAGCGGGCGCCCGACAUCCGCCUCGGAAGCCUCUUCGCUCUGCUCAACGUGAACGACAGAGAACAGGUUGCUUUAUGUGUUUCUAUCUUGGAGCGGUUUCUUCAGGCAGUGGAUCCAUUGUAUGUAAUCCAGAACUUCAGAGAAGAACUUCAAAAAGGACUCUUUCAUCCCGAUGAUUCAGUUAAACUUCUUACUAUAGCUCAGGUUGGAAGAAUAGUUGAAAAUUCAGAUGCCGUUAGAGAAAUUCUCAAUAAUCCUGAAUUACUAAGGCAAAUCAUUUAUUGCAUUGGUGGAGAGAAAAUAGCUGUAGCUAAAGAGGCUAUCAAAUCACUGUCGAGAAUAGCACAGACUCAAGAUGGGCUGGAGGCUUUAUUUGCAAGCAGUUUUUUAGUUGACAUGAAAAAUGUCAUGGCAACAAGUGAUGUUGUACGAUAUAGAGUAUAUGAGUUAGUUGUUGAGAUUUCUUCGGUGUCUGCAGAUUCUUUGAAUUACUGUGCAAACAGUGGAUUAAUAUCAGAGCUAAUUGAAGAACUGACUGGAGAUGAUGUGCUGGUCAGAGCUACCAGUAUAGAGAUGGUGACCUCAUUGGCAUACACUAAGCAUGGACGUCAAUAUCUUGCCCAACAAGGAAUCAUUGAUAAAAUUUCCAAUAUAAUCAUUGGGGCAGAUUCUGAUCCUUUCUCAGGCUUCUAUUUGCCAGGAUUUGUGAAAUUUUUUGGAAAUCUGGCUAUUGUAGACAGCCCACAGCAGAUCUGUGAACGAUAUCCCAUCUUUAUGGAAAAAGUAUUUGGAAUGGCUGAAGGCCAUGACCCAACCAUGAUUGGAGUGGCUGUGGACACGCUUGCAAUCCUGGGAUCAAAUGUGGAAGGAAAACAGGUUUUACAGAAAGCUGGGAGUAGAUUUCAACAGCUGUUAAACAGAAUAGGGCACCAGGCAAAGAAUCCACCAGCAGAGCUAAGACAUCGAUGUUUGGAUGCCAUAUCAUCUCUUCUUUACUUGCCACCAGACCAGCAAACAGAAGACCUGCUAGGAAUGACUGAAUCCUGGUUUGCUGCCUUGUCUAGCCAGCCAUUGGAACUCUUCAGGAGUAUUAGUACUCAGCCAUUCCCUGAUCUCCACUGUGGGGCUUUAAGAGUGUUUACUGCUAUUGCAAACCAACCAUGGGCACAGAAACUGAUGCUUGACAGUCCAGGAUUUGUGGAAUAUAUUGUAGACAGAUCUGUGGAACCUGACAAAGCUUCAAAGGAUGCCAAAUAUGAACUGGUCAAGGCCCUUGUAAAUUCCAAAACAAUAGCUGAAAUAUUUGGAAACCAGUACUACUUAAGGCUGAGGGCUUAUCUGCAUGAAGGUCCUUAUUAUGUUAAGGCUGUUUCUACUACUGCUGUGGAAGGGGCAGAAUAAUAUCAGCGUAAUCACAUUUUUCCCUUUUUAGCAAUCCAUUGUUAGUGGAGCAGUGAUUGGUCCAAAAUGGCUACAGUUUAGGGGCUCUAACCUCAUGAAAGAGACUUUAGAAAGCAUUUGACUCAGUUGUUUUAAUCUGAAAAUAACUAAGAGUCAGGAGAGUAAUUCUCAAACAGUGGUAGGGCACUUUAAAGUAUCAUGCUGUAUAUAAAACCGCUUCCUGUACAUUUAUUAUAAUAUUUUGAUAUAACAUUGUCUAAUUGACUGACCUAAGCAGUUUAGUUUAUUAAAAUUACGCUAGCUACUUUUGGGGGCUUUCAUGCCUACAGGAGAUGGUGCAAAAAUAAUUAGUGUUUUUUGUUUGUUUGUCUCCCCUUCUCCCCCCCCCCCCCCCCCCCCCCCCAGUUUGCUGGAUGUAAGUCUUGUAUAAACAAACAGUUCUCAAUGUUCUUUACAUCUUAUGGGGAAAGUGAACAUGGAAAAUCUUAAGUUUUUAAAGAUACUAUCUGAUAAAGUGAGUGUUAAACCAAAUUGAAAGCUGCCCCCCCCCUUUUUUUUUGACCUUUAUCUUUGUACUGCAAUUAAAAUAAUUUGUUUAAGAGGACGUUGCAUGAACCACAGUCUGUUAGUCAAUCUGUUUGCUUAGAAACCAAAUUUUAAAUAGAUUUUACUGUCAUUUUGAUCAAAAAUUGAUCUCUUAAUUUUAAAAGUUACCACUUUUAAAUUAUAGCUGAACUUUGGUGAUGUUAGUUUAAAUAAAAGUGAUAAGAGCAUAAAACCUUCUGUUUAAGGACAUAAAUUUAGCCAUGGAGAAGUAACUCAUGGCUGUAGCCCAGGGAUUGGCAACUUUUGGCGUGCGGCCUGCCAGGGAAAUCUGUUGGUGGCCCAGGAUGGUUUGUUUACCUGCAGCAUCCGCAGGUUCGGCCGAUCGCAGCUCCCACUGACUGCGGUUCGCUGCUCCAGGCCAAUGGGGGCCGCAGGAAGUGGUGGCCGGUAAGUCCCUUGGCCCGUGCUGCUUCCCACAGCCCCCAUUGGCCUGGCACGGAGAACUGCGGCCAAUGGGAGCUGCGAUCGGCCGAACCUGCGGACGUUGCAGGAAAACAAACCAUCCCAACCCGCCAGGGUGCUUACCCUGGCAAGCAGCAUGCCAAAGGUUACCAGUCCCAGCUAUAUCCUAUUAUAAUUUGGUAUACCAUAUAGGUUUUACACAUUCUCUGAAGAACAGUUUGACUAUUAUGGAGGACAGGAUUUCAGACUAGAUGGGCCAUGUAAUGUAUUUUGGUUCACAAAUCAAGACUAUUAUAUGUUUUUUGUCUUCUGUCUUAUUUUAGACCAUGAAUUAUGUAUUAUUUUUAGUUCUAAGGAUAAAAAAUAAAAUAUGUGGAGUACUCAAAAAAUGUAUUAAAUGAAAAUGAAGGAAACCACAGGAAGCAUUAAUAAAAAUGUCAAGUUGGAUAUCUGUACAGAAGUAGCUUGUUCAUUUCCCUGCCCCCCAAAUCAGGGCUAAUGAAUAGGAUGCCUUGAUUGCACUGCAGCACGCCUCUGGCUGAGCCAGGGAGAAAUGGCGUUGGGCUGCAGAGGAAACAACAUCCAGCUGUCUGCUGCCAGAUGAGUGCUGUGGUGCAGGACGUUUUAAUGGUGAGGCGAGGUGCAAGAGGACUUAGAAAAGCUAGAGUGUUAGGGGGCAGGAGAGGAAGGGUAAUGAGUAAUAUACUAUUUAAAUGCAGAAUAACUUAUGCAACAUGUCUGUCACUUAUUCUUAUGAACUGGAAUUUUAAAAAAGAUUUUUUCAUUCAAGAUUGUACCAGUAGUGGCAUAUAAAUCCUAUGGUUGUAGGUGCCCAGUAAACACCUCAGAUGUCAUUACCUCUGCACAGACUGUAUUGGCCAAUAUGAGUUAUGUUUCACUUUUUACGUGGGAAUGGCUAAUGACUGUUUUCCCAUUGGCACAGUGCAGGCACCAAAAAUGUCAGAAAUCCUGCAUGCAUGGAAAAACUUUAAAACAAUAAAAAUUAUGUUGAAUAGAAUGUAAAAACAUCUUUCACUUGCGCUGGCUAGUUUAACUUUAAGAUGUUAAGUGGUUUUUGUAUGCUGGUAGCUAUCUGAGCAGUGUACUGACUUUUCAUUAAACUUUUCUACAAUGCACAA